AUGUCAGCCGAGCAAUUGCAGGCUCUGGAAGCUUAUUCCGCCUGCGACGUUGCAGACGCCUUGCUUAAGCUUGGUGUGAAGGGUGCAGGUUUCCUAACAGAUAUUAAGCCCUUGGCGGGAGCGGCAAGGCCCUCGCGGACUCAUUCAGUACCUCCAACAUUCCUACCCACCUCGACAGAGGCAACAUCCGCUGACCUGAUCGCGGCAACGACUCCUCCACCUCCCAAGAAAAAGAUCAUAGCGCCCGUCUCAACAGCCCUGUUCAUAGCAAAGGGCUCGGACUCGUUCCCCGAUGCAGCCCCGCCGCUCGCUGCAUUCACCCAGACGUUCUCCACGGGCUUCAGCAAUAUCCCCCAGGGCACACCUUACGCAGAUCUAACUGCACCAAACACAAUUCUCGUCAUAAGUCAACCUCCCGGCCAGUCAUGUGCAGUUGUUGGAGGCAUAAUGGCGGCGCGGAUGCGUGCGCUCGGUGCCACAGCCGUGGUGGUGGAUGGUCGCGUCCGGGAUCUGUCCACGCUUCGUAACCUGAGCAGCGACAUGCCGAUUUGGAGUAAAGGCACAAGCAUCAUUGGAGCAGGAGCCGAAACAAAGGCCUGGUGCACGAAUGUCGAAAUACAAGUUGGUCAAUGCUUUGUUGCUCCAGGCGACAUUGCCAUGAUUGAUGAAGAGGAGUUGGGCGUGGUGGUCAUUCCAAAGGAAGAUUUGGAAGAGGUGCUGCGGAUGCUUCCAAAGCUUGUUGAUGCGGACGCGAAGGUCAUGGAGGACGUGCUUGCAGGGGGCGAGGUUGGAGAGGCCUUCAAGAAGUACAGAGGGAAAUGA